CUCGGCUUCGACUGCGCGCUUAAGCCGGCGCCGGCGCCCUACGCCGGCGGCGCGCCCGCAGACCUCAACACGCCCGUCACCACGUCGGAUCUGCCGGCCUUCUUCCCGAGUCUGCUCGAACCUCCUCCUAUAUCAGGUACUUUGCCAGGCGAUGAGUUGUCGCUAGGAUGUUCGCCACGCCGCCACAAGCACGAGGCGUCGCUGUCGCCGGGCGCGCGCGCGGAGGACGCGAGCAACGCGUCCAGCGCCAGCGCGUCGCUGUACGGGCCGCCGCUGGGCGGCAAGCGCGCGCCCUCGCCGGCGCUGCAGUGGCUGCUGCCGUCCGGCCCCGGCCCGGGCAGCGUCGACAAGUACUUCCAGCAGGAGUACGAGGAGCGCGUCGAGCUGCUGCCGCCCGAGUGCCAGGCCGCGUACUGCCCGCCGGCGCAGGCGUGCGCGCCGCAGCACUGCGACUACCGGCAGCAGCCGCAGCCGCCGCCGCAGCACUCGUGGGACGCGCAGGAGUACGCCGUGCCGCAGCCGGCGCCCGGCCCCUCGGGCGUGCCCAAGCGCGAGCCGUACCCCAGCCCCGCCGGCGACAACAGGCCCGUGCAGCUCGCCGAGUACAACCCGUCCACGAGCAAGGGCCACGAGAUCCUGUCCCAAGUGUACCAGCAGAGCGCGCAGCCGUUGCGCCUGGUCGCCGUCAAGCCGCGCAAAUACCCCAAUCGGCCGAGCAAGACGCCGGUCCACGAGCGCCCGUACGCGUGCCCGGUGGAGGGCUGCGACCGGAGGUUUUCGAGGUCGGACGAGCUGACGAGGCACAUCCGCAUCCACACGGGGCAGAAGCCGUUCCAGUGCCGCAUCUGCAUGCGAUCGUUCAGUCGGUCGGACCACUUGACGACGCACGUGCGGACGCACACCGGCGAGAAGCCGUUCGCCUGCGACGUGUGCGGGCGCAAGUUCGCGCGCUCGGACGAGAAGAAGCGGCACGCCAAGGUGCACCUGAAGCAGCGGCUGAAGCGCGAGCGCGGCGGCGGCCCGGCGCACCCGCACGAGCCGCACGCGCUCUAGCCCGCGGCCCCCGCGCCCGCCGCCGCGCCCUCGCCCGCACAUUCCAGUGGCGACGAGCCCGCGGUCUCCGCACCGGCGGAUCAAUGAACUCUAUAAUUUUCACGUUGAAGUUAUCAAAUAAUUUCAUCGCAUAGGUGUAAAAAAAUUGUCUUUAACGAAGCUUUAUUAACUCUACAUUUGUAAAUUCACCGAAAUUUAUAUAUCUUUUUAUACAUAUUUGUAACUAUUAUGAUAGAAACGAUUGACUCGAUGUAUUUAUUUUAAUUAGAUAGGAUAAUCGAAUGAACUAGACUGGGAACAAAUAUAAAUACGAAGCGAUGUGGCCUAAAGCGUCCAGCGCGACGGACGACGAGGCGCUGCCUCUCGACGCUGACGCAGCGCUGACACAUAUCUUUCUGUCUGACGAUAGUCUUGUAAGAAUUCAUACGUUUCUCAGAUUGUUAUCGACCGUAAGGUCAAGUUCAUGUGUGUGCAUAGAGGUGAUCGUUACGAAGUGAUAGGUAUGUACUAGGCCUAUUUGCUGAGAAUGUACCUAGGUGUGUUUGGAAAGUGUUUGCCAUCCGCUAUUAUAAUAGAGUUUUAGAUUAACGAGCGUAGAUAGGUAUUGUUUAUAAUUUUAAAAUGUUUACCUUCUAUUGGUGUUAAACGUAACCGUGGCAAACAUUAUCCGAAUGAGAUUACCUUCUUAUAGGUAGGUAUAUUUAUUAGGGACGUAUUUAAUGUUCUUUAUACUUGACGAAACUAACGUGAAACUGUGCCAUUCAUUUAACUUUACGACGUGCCACGGCAAUUUUAUUUAAUACUAAGUGUAACACGACUGCUGAUUAAGUGAUAAUUAAUUAUUAUAAAUAUUUUGUUGUAAUAUUUCUAGUCGAAGAUGUGGGUGUGAGAAUGUCGACUACCGUUUGCCCUCAUCCAUCAGCCUGGAACCCAUUUCUCUAACUUUCGACAGCUGCUGUCAUCAUCUUCUUGCUCAAAUGUUUAUUGAACAAAAUUUGCUCAAGUCUAUCUCUUCUCUAUUACUUGGGGCCGACUGUCGGUCCACACUGAGAUUAACGCUCUCCGGCCUUGUUCCUUUCGCACUCGUUAUCCUCUUACUUCACUUCAUUAUGUUUCCCAGUGGUAUAAAUAUAAUAUACAUAAUUUUAACAUUUUUGUAAUUAGACUAAUUUAGUAAAAAUAGUUUGUAGGAUUUAAAUUAUGAUCUCUUAAUCAUUAUUAAUUAUUUGCAAUUAUAGCGAAGGCCCCUUAUUUAUAAUACUCAUAGGUUUCUGUAUAGAUUAUAAAUAUCGCGUAGAUAAGUAAAUCGCAGCUUAAGUUUGAAUUACGGCUACUAUUAUUAUCUAAAGGAGAUUGGCAAGUUUGGACCACAAAAUCUUGGCAAGGACGAACUUCUUGACAGUUUUACCAAACAAAGAGCAUUUUUGCAUGCUAAUUUAUAAUCAAAAAUACUGAUACAGAAUUUUUUAAAUCCCCGUUAUAGGCAUAUAUGAAAAAGUCUUUUUUUAUAAUACCUUUGUCUGAUUUCCAAUGAACUAAUCAGAAAAUCUGAAAGUAAAUUGUUCUUAUAUCAUUUGUUUUCGAUUUGUCAUUGUGCUUAUGUACCUACCUACGUAUGCUUGCUCUGGUACUUUAAUUGUUGUGGCCCAAUUUCCCGCAGAAACUUGCCAAUCGCCUUUUUGUGCAACUAUUUUUUGUGAUGUUGUUAGGUCGAUGAGCGCUUGAGCAGUCACAGGUCAUUCGUCAUUUUUAUCGUCUCUUGCUUAUUAUAGAAAUGAGUAGGAUAGCACAAAUGAUUUACAAGUUGUCAGUUAAUUUACGAGAAUAAUCUAAGUAUAACAAAAAUGCCUUCAACUUAAGAACACGGUUGUUCAAUAGAACGUUAUUUAUUAAAUAAAAAAAUGUUAACUUACUCGUAGCUGGUUAAAUAAAUACAAACUAACGUUGAUACAAAUACAGGGGAUACCUACUUACCACUUCAACAAACAAAACAAAAAGUAGAAAAUUGCAACAGGGUGGGCCUUUCGGGUAAUGUAGGUACGAUUGUUAUGAAUUUAGGAUAUCUGACAAUAAUAUAACUAACUCUUGCGCCUAUAUUUCUAACUGAGCACUAAAGGGAAUGGCGGUUACUUCGCGGAAAGAGUUUGUAACCCCUCCCCACUGAUGUUGCAUGAUAUUGAUGCGACAUAAAAUUUAAUUCACAAUACAAACCGCCAGUUUAAAUCGUUGCUCUACAGUCUACAAUCUACAUACCAAAACAAAUUUUGGGAGUACAAAAACCAGGUAGUUUCUUACAGCUCAGUGCUUUAUUUAACGAUUUAUCUAAACCUAUUGUGAAUUUAUUUUUAUAUGUUUUUAUCUUGUAAAAGUUACUCAAAUUAUGUUUCUUUUCCGUUUAUUUAACGUAGAAACAUGCUUUUCACAGCUCUACGAAUGGUCUGCUUUCCGUUGCACACAAUAUAGUGAGAUGAAAUUUUAAUAAAAAGCUCUAACAUGAAGUCUCCCGCGAAUGCAACGAACGCACGAGAUUGCACGCUCCUUUAAACAAUAUACCGGGUGAGAAUGUGGUGUGCGAGUUUAUAAUGUUUUACUACUGUUUAGAAGAGACGUGGUCUCAGUUAGGCAAGGCUAGCGUAGAUAGGUUUUAAUAAAGUGUAAUUCAUGUUAGUUAAACGAGUGACAAUUGAAACGGAGAAGACUAAAUUCUUACAUUUAUGUAAUGUUGCAUCGCGUUGAUGUUAUUAAUAUACGAUUUGUAAUAAGAAAUACGUAAUUAAAUCUCGUACAAUCGUUGGAAAUCUUCUCGGGCCCUGGCGAGUCAGUGUUCUUACAGACAGACGAGCGGCACUUUGUCGACGACAAGUGCCGCCAGGCGUAAGCCACACAUAGUAACAAACCUACGCAGUCACAUAAUUUUUAAUGGCUUCCGAGACGGUCAAGCACAAAGACUUUGCUUGAGUCAAGCAUUUUGACCGUUUACAAAGUUUGCUUGAUGCUUGAGUUUAAGCAUUUAUGACGGUGAUGGAUGCGAUUCCACAUUUUGCUGGACGCGACGUUCGGGCAGUGUUCGAGAAAUGGGAAAAGAGCCGUUUGAUAGAAACACUUUAUUGCACACAAAAACACAUGUAAAGGAUCACAACACAGAAAGAAGAAAAAACAAUUGUGCGCAAAGGCGGCCUUACUGCUUGAAGCAAUCUCUACCAGGCAACCUUUGCUGGCUCAAGCUACUUGAUCAAGCAAAACAAAUCAACGUGCUUGACGUCAAGCCGUUUGACCGUCUCGAAAUCCCGUAAUGCAGCAUGCAGUACUUCGUAGUGUGUAGGUUUGUGAUGUUUGACGCGCCAGAGCCCAAGAAGAUUUGCGGCGAUUGCAGCGGCCGCUCAUUUGCAGAACCAUUAGGGGGAACUUGACUAGUGUCGAAUCGCAAGUUGUGCCGCGCCUAUGAGACUACAUUGUUGACACCUCUGUUAUAUUAACACCUUUGUUGCGGAACUCAUUAUUAUGUAUACCUAAAUACAUUUGAAAUCACUGUUUUAGGUACAAAGUAUUUAAGAGUUUCAUGGUGUUCACCUUAAAGAAUAAGUACGAAUUUUGUGUACUAUUUUUUUUUUCACCUGCGUGAAAGAUGUUGUUGAUGUUCUAAAUUUAAAUAGCUGUAAGCUCUUAAAUUAGGUAUUGUUAAAUCUCACUAAUUUUUACUAAAUUCUAUUUAAUAUAUUUUGUAAAUACACUCCGACUAAAUUUGAAUUUAAUGUGUAUAUAAGAGAAAAAUGAAAUUUUUAUUUAAUAUGAAAAUUCACCUAAGGACCUAAGGUGCGAAAAAUACAAAUUGUUGAAAACUUGA